AACACAACUUAAACCAGCGCUAAAAGUUAUUCAACAGCUGUGAAGAUGGGCUUUUCUGAACUGCUGGAGGAGGUGGGAGGCUUUGGCCGGUACCAGUGGAUCCAUGUGACUCUGCUCAGUCUGCCGGGGCUGUUCAUGGCUAGUCAGAACCUCAUCAACAACUUUGUGUCAGGCAUUCCUGAGCACCACUGCAGCCUCCCUGCCAACUUAAGCCUGCAGAACAUCUCACAGGUGUACCCUGAGAACUGGCUGAAGGCCUUUAUCCCUCCAGAUCCUUCUGGAGAGAGGCUUGAGCGGUGCUGGAGGUAUGUUGUCCCUCAGUGGCACCUGCUGACAACCAACACCUCCCUGAACUCCAGUGAGGCAGAGACGGAGGGCUGUGUGGAGGGAUGGACUUUCCAGCGCUCUGAGUUCAUAGCCACGACCGUCUCUGAGUGGGGCCUGGUCUGCUCCUGGAAGCCGCUCAGGCAGAUGAUCCAGACCAUCUACAUGGGAGGGGUCCUCACAGGGGCCAUCGUCUUUGGAGGGCUCUCAGACAAGUUUGGGCGCCGGUCUGUCCUAAUAUGGUCAUACCUGCAGUUGGGUGUGUUGGGCUGUAGUUCCGCCCUGUCUCCUUCUUACACCACCUAUUGCAUCUUCCGCUUCCUCAGUGGCAUGGCCGUGUCUGGAAUUAUCCUCAACGGAGUCUCACUCAAGGUGGAGUGGAUCCCUACAAAGCAGCGCACUUUGGUGGGGACUCUUUCAUCCUUCUUCUUCACCAUCGGUCAGCUGGUGCUGGCGGGGCUGGCCUUCUGGCUCAGGGACUGGAGGAAGCUGCAGGUGGUCGUCUGUUUGCCAGCGUUCCUUUUCUUCGCCUACAGCUGGUGGUACAGUGAGUCAGCACGCUGGCUGAUGCUUAACGGCCGCUCUGAAGAUGCUUUGAAGUCACUGCAGCGCGUAGCAAGAACCAACGGCAAAAAGGACAUCGCUGAGAAACUCACAGUCCAGAUGUUAGAGGAUCACAUGAAGAAGGAGCUGGAAUCCCGAAAGUCCACGUACACAGCUGUGGACCUGAUCCGGACCAGAGCCGUCCGGCAGAUCUCAGUCUGCCUGAUGGUGGUCUGGUUCGCCACAUCGUUCGCUUACUACGGCAUCGCCAUGGACCUGCAGAAGUUUGGGGUUAGCAUCUAUCUGAUCCAGGUGAUCUUUGGCUCAGUGGACUUCCCGGCCAAGUUCCUGGCUCUGGGGAUGCUCAGCAUGCUGGGGAGGAGGGUCACUCAGGCGUCUUGUCUGUUCAUGUCUGCAGCGGUCAUCUUCGCCAACAUCUUGGUGCCCAGAGAGAUGCAGACACUGAGGACGACUCUGGCCUGUUUAGGAAAAGCCUUCACGUCGGCCUCCUUCACCACAGUGUACCUGUACACAGGAGAGCUUUACCCCACCGUCAUCAGGCAGACAGGCAUGGGGCUGGUGUCCACCAUGGCCCGGGUGGGGAGUAUGGCUGCUCCGGCGGUGCUCAUCCUGGAUGAGGUUUUUCCGUCCCUGCCCAGUAUGGUCUAUGGAGGAGCUGCAAUCAUUGCUUGUGGAUUUGCCUUAUUUCUCCCUGAGACACUGAACCAGCACCUGCCGGAAACCAUCGCUGACGUCGAGGAGAAGUGGUCUGGACUACGGUCUGGCCGAGACCCCGCCCUAAACCACCCAAAAGAAGGCGUGCCUCUCAAUGACAUCACACAGGUGGUGGGCGUGUCCAAGGAGCUGCUGCCUUUGAAGGAGAUGAAGGAUGUGGAGAAGACGGGCCUUAAUGCACUCUGACUGUAAAGCACUGCCCAAAACUAGCCAUUUUACAGUGUCUAAUACAAAUGUGCUGUAAUACAUUUUAUAACAUGAAGGAUACAUUUUUAUU